CCCCGCGCUCUGAUUGGCUCCCCGCCCCACCUGAGAGGACGACCACACAAUGGACCUUUUCCGGGAUUCCGAUGUCGGCCUAGGCGAGCUACGCGGCGUGCUAGCGGCUAACUGAGGCGGGGACCGACAGUGCUCACACCCCAACACUUCAAAACCACCAACGGGGAAGGAUAUUUCAGGGGCAUCCUACAAUCUGACAUCACAAGCUGUGGACAAAUAUAAAUCGGGAGGGACAAAAAAAAGUAAAAAAACAAAACAAAAACUACCAUGCAUCAGACUCCUGCAGAUGUCUGUGUUUAAAAGCCAAACAAUGGGAGAGGAGGUCUACGUGCAGAGAAUCUGGAGGUGGGAGAGGUUUCUCCAUCCGGGCUUGGCCGCCUGCAGUGACACCGCAGUGACGUGCACAUGGCUUCUUUUUGGAAUGAGUUGAUUUUUUAUUUGAUUUUUUGUUGCCACAUUAACACACAAACUGAAAGAACGGAUCUAACAUGGACUUGGCUGGAGUUUUAUAAGUCCACAGGCGAGGUUCUGCCUUAUUUUUUUAAACUUUCAAAGACACCGUCAUAGUUUUCUUUGAUUUUGAAGAAAGAAACAAAAAAAGACAAUCAUUGUUGAGUUGUAUACGGCUGCUUCAGAAGUGUGGAAGCGUCCCGCUUGCAGCCAUCAACCAUCCUCACUUUCUUCCACCCACCCAGUGCCUGAAUAAGCCCCUUCGGGACAAUCACAGAAGUCAUCAGCAGCUGCUGUGCUCAAUCCCCUGCCUGUUUCUCCUCGAUGUGCUUCUGCUCUAUGCCGCCAGUCUUUAAUUUCCCCGCUCCCUUACAUUGAGAUCGAUAUAUUUGUUUCUGCAAAGCAGAUAAUCAGAACUCAAGCACAGCGAUUCAAAUUAAUUUGAGUUUGAAGUGUUUUGCAGACCUUGCUCAAGUUUGUGCAGCAGUGUUAGCACCUAAUAACAUUUUUGCACCAAACAAUACCAUUGAAGCCAUGCAAAAAUAUUUAUGAAUUUCCUACACUUAUUUUUGUAUCAUAUUGCUACCCCUGCUUUUUUACGCUUAAAUUAUAAUUCAGCACAGAACAUUUUAUAUUUAUGCAAGUCAAAGUGUAUUAUGUGAGAUAAAAAAAAUAUAUUUGAGUAAGUAUUGUAGUGCUGGGAAAUUGUUAGAAACGGUUUCCAUUCAUAUGCUGCUUAGCCUCGUGCUUAUUUUUGAAAUUAUAGCAAUGGCCUCUCCCAAAAAUACACAGUUUUUGUCAUUUUGACCCCCUAGAGCAGCUUUUAAAAUAGGUAGACAGUGGACACCUGGCUUGGUCUUUCUCCCUUUAUUCUGUCUCUGAUGCCGUGCGCCAACACCGGAGGUGUUGGGGGAGGAGCGGGCGGCCAAGUUUCUGCUCCUCCCCGCCCUUUCCGACCCAGCCGCUAUGUCCCGGUGUCUGCGGCCACCACCUUCCUGGUCGGAUCCACCUCCUUGUUCUUCUGCUUCACAUGCCCGUGGUUGUCUGAGUAUUUGUCCUCCGUCAUUCCCAUCUACAUGGCCGUGAUCUUCCUCUUCACCCUGGCCAACUUCUGCAUGGCCACCUUUAUGGAUCCUGGAAUCUUCCCUCGAGCGGAGGAGGAUGAGGAUAAAGAGGAUGAUUUCCGCGCUCCUCUCUACAAGACGGUGGAGAUCAAAGGCAUCCAGGUGCGCAUGAAGUGGUGCUCCACCUGUCGCUUCUACAGACCCCCGCGCUGCUCACACUGCUCGGUCUGCGACAACUGUGUGGAGGACUUCGACCACCACUGUCCCUGGGUGAACAACUGCAUCGGUCGACGCAACUACCGCUACUUCUUCCUCUUCCUGCUGUCCCUCACCUCCCACAUUGUCAACGUGUUUGGCUUCGGGCUCGUUUACGUGCUGCACCAUCGCCAGCAACUCGACACGCCACACGCUAUUGUGACUAUGGUUGUGAUGUGCGUUGCUGGUAUGUUUUUUGUCCCAGUCGCUGGCCUGACCGGGUUCCAUAUUGUGCUUGUGGCACGGGGCCGCACCACAAAUGAACAGGUGACAGGGAAGUUUCGUGGCGGCGUUAAUCCCUUCACUAAUGGCUGCAUGAGGAAUAUUUCACAUGUACUUUGCAGCUCACUGGCACCCAGAUACACGGGUCGUUUCCGGAAGCCUCAGACAGUGGAAAUACAUCCUCCCUUCCUCAGGCCGGCCCUCACCGAGGCCCAGCUGGAAGCCAAGGUGCUGGACAACGGCAUUCAGAAUGACCGACACAGCACUAGAUCAAAGAGCAGUUUAGAUCAGAUCGAGAGCCAGUCGGCAGACACGGAGCCUCCGCCGCCGCCUCCUCCCCCGAAGCCGGAGCUUCGCUACCCGGGGCUGCCUCGCGCCGACACCGAGGAAAGCAGCUUGUUGACAGAAGGUGUGCCCACACAGUCCAUGUACAAGUACCGGCCCGCGUACAACAGCCCAGGAAGAAACCACAGUGCCCACACACACGCUGGCAAGGUGAUCCGCGGCGAGAGUCUGGACUCUCCGUCUCCCUCCAUCCUCCACUCCAGCCGCCAUCCCAGCUACCGUUCGGAGCCCAGCAAACUGGACGGGACCACGGUGGCGGUGGGGGGCGGCGCGGGGGCGUUCAGAGGGGGAGGGGAGAGGGGCGAGGGCCCCGGGGGUUCAGGCAGGACCGUGGGCGGUGUGUCGGGUUACUCCCUGACCGCACGCUCCCACACCUCGUACCCGUCCUCUCUGGUUCUGUCCGCCGGCGGCUCCUACUCCUCCAGCCUGCGCUCGGCCCACAUGGCGCACAACCCCCUGGCCACCCUCCAAUCAGAAGGCACCACGGACACCAGCUACAAGAGCCUGGCCAAUCAGACCCCUCGCAACGGCAGUCUCUCCUACGACAGCCUGCUGACGCCGUCCGACAGCCCGGAAUUUGAGUCGGCGGCCCACGAGCUGUCGCCCCAGAAGCCUCGCGCCCCGCUGCCGGCGCUGGUCCGAGGCCAGCCUGACACGGCGCCCCCCUGCUCGCCGCUGCAGGGCUACACCUCCCCCUUCCUCUCGGCUCAGAUCGCCCAGCAGAGGGAGGGCCAUCUGCUCCAGGGUUCUGCCACUUUCUCCUCCCCCCACAGGGCCUACCUGCGCGCCGUCAGCCCGCCCCCUGCCUCCGGCCUCCCGGAGACCCAGCACCUGCUCCAGCAUAACCACGACUCCUCCUCCAGGGCCCCCCGUAACUCUAUGCCGUCGCCCUCCUCGCCUCCCAUCUCGCCGCCCCCGCGCGGCCUCUCCCUGGGCAAGUCCCAGUCGUACACCGGGGAGGCGGGGCCUCAGCACAAGCCUCGGGUGGCAGCGGCGCUGGGAGGGGUAGGAGCCGGAGGAGGGCUUCAGGCUCCACACCAUCCUCUUCCUCCUUGAUCUGUGAUGUCCUCUCGCACAAUCUUGGCCAAUCACACGUCAUCUAAGCCGGGAGGCGGAGUGAAGAAGGUGACGGGCGUGGGAGGGACCACUUAUGAGAUAUCGGUUUGAUUGACAGGCCCUGGACAGCUGGAUAUUACAGAAGACGUCCUGGUACCGCUCGUUGGUUUUCCCAAAGACAAGUCCGACUCUCGGACGCUGGUUUCCUUUCCCUCGAGACACUUUUGCAGACGGGUUCUUCGCAGAUGUUGUUUGGGGACGGGAGUAUUCUCCACACUCCGGUCCGUGGAUGUCACAUUUUAAGGUGUGGACCAAGAAAGACUGACCUGUUCCACAGACCACACGACUUGUCGAGAGAAGCAACCGACCUAUGAAAAGACACAGUAUCCUUUUAGUUUUAUAAGUUUUGAAAUAUUCUUUUAUAUCAAUGUCAAAUCUUACAGAUUAUUAUCGGGUCCUGUCAGGUAUCAAUGAGGGUGGAAAAUGUGUAUCAUUGUUUUUUUGUAUGGUUAAUCGCCUGUUUAUAAUUGACGGCUGCAUCAGCCACUCCUGAGCUCUGGCAGGAAAUCCUCCAAAAGACGUGGCAAAGAAUGCUUUUAUUUUCCUAAAAGCCACAGAUGAAUGGACAAGCGGGAGGUGUGUAGUCGGAAUGUGCUGGAGGCGUUAUGCAAACUCACUCGUGUAGCUUUAAGAUCCGUGUUUGUUGUUUUUAAGAUCGCAGAACCUUUUUAAUCCUCUUCAGCCAAUUAGUGUCAGCGAGGGAUGGGCUUAUUUAUUCUACCUUCCAUACAAGAAAAAGAAAAGUAGAUCCGAGGAAACAUUUCAAAGCACUCUUUUGUUUUGUUUUCAAGGUUUGGAAUUUCUAAUGAGCUUCUUGUGACUAUCGAUGUUUUAGUGACUGGUUUGUAACGCCAGUCCUGAUUUAUGUUUGCUUCCUUUCCAGCAUUUAGUGUAGAGCAGGCACAUUUUUGCUUUUUGUUUCUAUUGUUUUUCCCACUUCCCUGCCAUAUUGUGUACAGUAGGUCUGAUUUUCACAUGAAAUGGCAAAAGGUACAAGUGACUUUAUUUGAAACCCACAGCCAUGUUAAGCAGGAAAGGACAAAACACUCACGAGUUCAUGUUCCAAUUGAGCCUCGCACUAAAUUCCACUUUUGCCUUAAAUCAGGGGUGUCAAACUCAUUUUCAUUGAGGGCCACAUCGCAGUAAUGGCCACUUGCAGAGGGCCGCAUUUUUAAAUUAAUUUACAUUAUGCAUGCAGGUAAUAACCUGUGAUUAAUCACGAUUCAUCGAAAUGCGUAUUGCAUUUAUUAGAUUUUUUAAUCUAUAACUUGCUUUAAAAUCAUAGUACAUUAACAUUAUGCAUGCGGGUAAUAACCUGUGAGUAAUCAUGAUUAAUUGAAAUGCAUAUGCAUUUAUUAGAUUUUUUUUAUGUAUAACCUGCUUUAAAAUCAUAAUAAAUUUACAUUAUGCAUGCGGGUAAUAAACUGAUUAAUCAUGAUUAAUAGAAAUGCAUAUUGCGUUUAUUAGAUUUUUUUAUGUAUAACUUUCUUUAAAAUCAUAAUUAAUUUACAUUAUGCAUGCGGGUAAUAACCUGUGAUUAAUCAUUUUACAUCGAAAUGCAUAUGCAUUUAAUAGAUUUUUUUAAUGUAUAACUUGCUUUAAAAUCGUAAAUUUAUGUUAUGCACACGGGCAAUAACCUGUGAUUAAUCAUGAUUAAUUAAAAUGCACAUCCAUUUGCUUUUGGCUGUUAAAACUCUCAAAACCGGUUAAAUACAUGUAGCGCUGAAUUUGACCAUAAAUCCGUAUGCAUUUAGAUUAAUCAUGAUUAAUCAAAAUGCAUAAUAUUUUAAUAGAUUUUUUUAAUGUAUAACUUGCUUUAAAAUCAUAAAUUUACUUUUUUGCACACGGGCAAUAACCUGUGAUUAAUCAUGAUUAAUCGAAAUGCAUAUUGCAUUUAUUAGAUUUUUUUUAUGUAUAACUUUCUUUAAAAUCAUAAUACAUUUGCAUUAUGCAUGCGGGUAAUAACCUGUGAUUAACCAUGAUUAAUUGAAAUGCACAUCCAUUUGCUUUUGGCUGUUAAAACUCUCAAAACCGGUUAAAUCCAUGUAGCGCUGAAUUUGACCAUAAAUCCAUAUGCAUUUCGAUUAAUCAUGAUUAAUGGAAAUGCAUAUGGACUUAUUAGAUUUUUU